AUGAGCUUCGCGGAUCUGGAGGCGGGGGCACUCAGGGCGCCCCUCGGGAGGAAGGCGAGAGGGGGCUCCAACGACGCGCGGGCACUCGUCUUCCAGAUAACCACCGCGGUGGCCUCCUACCGCCGCCUCCUCAACUCGCUCGGCACGCCCAAGGACACCCCCACGCUUCGUGAUAACCUGAAUAAGACUAGUCAGAACAUUCUUCAAUUAGCAAAGGAUGCGAAAGAUAAGCUCCAGAAGACUGCUGAAGCAGACAAGAGCACUGAUACGAGUGCAGACAAGAGGAUAGCUGAUAUGAAGCUUGCCAAAGAUUUUGCUGCGACAAUGGAGGAGUUCAGGAAACUUCAGAGUCUUGCGAUUCAGAGGGAGACAGCAUAUAAGCCAGUUGUUCCCCAGAAUGCUCAGUCAAACUAUACUACAGAUGACCGAAGUUCUGAAUCUGGUAAUAUGCCUGAGCAGCGUGCAUUACUUGCUCAAUCAAAAAGACAAGAGGUGCUGCAAUUGGACAAUGAAAUUGUUUUCAAUGAAGCUAUAAUUGAGGAAAGGGAGCAAGCCAUUCAAGAGAUCCAACAACAGAUUGGUGAAGUACAUGAAGUGUUUAAAGAUCUUGCUACCCUCGUACAUGCCCAAGGAAUUAUAAUCGAGGAGAUCGAUAUGAACAUUGACAAUUCUGAAGUGGUGACCAAAGACGCAAAGAAAGAGGUAACCAAAGCAGCGAAGACUCAGAAAUCGAACUCGUCCCUGAUUUGCUUGCUUAUGGUCAUAUUUGGGGUCGUGCUGCUUGUUGUGAUUAUAGUUUUGGCAGCUUGA